UGAUGUCCCAGGCCAAUAUCAAAGAUCAGGUGAAUCGAGUUUCCUGCAUCCACCGGGAAAGAUCGUAAACUUCCCUCACACGCUAAAGUAAGUGGCUUGAAACUGCAAACUGACACGAUGUCAGCCGUACGGAAAUUCUUCACAAUGGAAACUCAAAGUAGCCCAGCAGGUACUUGCAGUGUUUGCAACACCAUCCUUUCAGGAGGAGGUAGCAACACAGUGUCGUUUUGUUAUACAAUGAAAGACACAUAAGGAAACAUCGUAAGGAAGAAUGCUAUGAAAUUACGAGGUUACGCAGACGGAGAUUGCAGACGUCUACUGUAUGUGUAUUUAAAAAUGUAACAAAAGAUCGGAUUGGGAUUUGGAAUCGACACACGGUCAGCCCUGCUACAACGCGUGAUAUCACACCGUGAAUCUGAUGUGAUUGUUUUGGGCUUGGAUACUAAUAUAUCAAUGCGGAAUCACAUUUGUAUUUGCGUGAUUUUCCAAUAAGAGAAAAAAAGCACAAAAACAGCCAUCGCAGUCAAAAGACAAUGAUGUCCAAUUUGUGAAGGAAUCAUUCUUUCGAACCAGUCAAACCGCUUUUCAUCUCUUCUUAAGUAAGUAUCACAUAUAGCACAGCACUGAAUAGAUACUAUGAUCAAAAGAUAAUUUGCCACCACUUUAAACAUAGAUUUUAAAGGUGCCAUGAAAUGAAAAUGAAUAAGGAUAUAGCUGAAUAAGGUGAGUACGGUACAUGCCGUGAAUUUCAAACACCAUUGUUCCCUUUUUCAAAUACAAAUCCCACAUAUGUGAAAGGUGGUGGUAAAACUAAUCCAGAAAUUCUAGAUUGUUAUGUAACAGUCUUAACUACGGAAUUACAGCCUGAGCACAUGAAGUCUGUUGGCAUUUUAAGCAUUAGAUGAGGCCAAUUCCCUGUUUUAGGUUUACGCAUAACUUACUGGCAUAAAAUGAUGUCAGGAGAUGUUCAUUCUCUUUGCUGCACUACCACUAAGAGGCCACCAUUUUUGCUUUGCAUAGACUGUGGUCAUGUUGCCUUCAGUGCCCCUCCGCACACUGUUAUCCGUUGUAUUCGUGCAGUGCUCACGCCCGGCCACAUGGUGCCCCUCCGCACACCGUUAUCCGUUGUAUUCGUGCAGUGCUCACGCCCGGCCACAUGGUGCCCCUCCGCACACCGUUAUCCGUUGUAUUUUUGCAGUGCUCAUGCCCGGGCACAUGGUGCCCCUCCGCACACCGUUAUCCGUUGUAUUUUUGCAGUGCUCAUGCCCGGCCACAUGGUGCCCCUCCGCACACCGUUAUCCGUUGUAUUCGUGCAGUGAUCAUGCCCCGCCACAUGGUGCCCCUCCACACACCGUUAUCCGUUGUAUUCGUGCAGUGCUCACGCCCGGCCACAUGGUGCCCCUCCGCACACCGUUAUCCGUUGUAUUUUUGCAGUGCUCAUGCCCGGCCACAUGGUGCCCCUCCGCACACCGUUAUCCGUUGUAUUCGUGCAGUGCUCAUGCCCGGCCACACGGUGCCCCUCCGCACACCGUUAUCCGUUGUAUUUGUGCAGUGAUCAUGCCCGGCCACAUGGUGCCCCUCCACACACCGUUAUCCGUUGUAUUCGUGCAGUGCUCAUGCCCGGCCACAUGGUGCCCCUCCGCACACCGUUAUCCGUUGUAUUCGUGCAGUGAUCAUGCCCGGCCACAUGGUGCCCCUCCGCACACCGUUAUCCGUUGUAUUCGUGCAGUGCUUAUGCCCGGCCACAUGGUGCCCCUCCACACACCGUUAUCCGUUGUAUUCGUGCAGUGCUUAUGCCCGGCCACAUGGUGCCCCUCCACACACCGUUAUCCGUUGUAUUCGUGCAGUGAUCAUGCCCGGCCACAUGGUGCCCCUCCGCACACCGUUAUCCGUUGUAUUCGUGCAGUGAUCAUGCCCCGCCACAUGGUGGCUGUGACUCACUGUUUUCGACUCUCAGCCAUUGACUAGUUUGAGUUCAGCACAUUAGAUUGAAGUGGUUUCUAGGCAGAAACAUCAAAGAUGUUUAAUACGUAAUUUCAUGUAUUAUUUUUUCUUAUUUAAAAUGCAUAUGACUACAUUAUUGACCACUGGCACCACUUUUUUUAUAUAAAAUUUAUUUGGCCUAAG